AUGACAACCGAAAAACCAACCACUCAAUUGUUUAUUGAUUCACAGCUGAUUAGACGUUUACCCGCUAACAGGAACGGCCUACACGAGGCCACCUCGACAGACGUUGCUUUGCCUGCCCGCCAAGCACGGAGUUUCGCCUUGCGCGUUUCUCUCCCCCUUGCCCUUUACAUCGAUGUGCUUUUUUCUACAGUCGGACAUAAUGGAAGCGGAAAGUCGAAUAUCUUGUUGGGAAUUUCUUUUGCGCUCGGAGACAUUGGGAACUCCGCUGCGGAGCGCCGCCUGCUCCUCCACGAAGGAUUGCAAGGCCGAGUAUCCAGUGGCUUCGUAGAACUGAUCCUCAACAAUGCCGACAGACGUCUCUGCAUGUUGGAUUCUGACCAAGUCGUCAUCCGAAGGUCCUUUUCUCUAAACUCCGAUGAUGUCGCUGUACAGGGAAAGCCUGUCAGGUAACAGCACUUGCGAGAGCGGACGCUGGGGGUUGUGUGUCGCAGCAAGGGCGAGUUGGAGCAGCUCAUUGAGUGUGCUGGCCUCUCAGGGGGCAGUCUGCGCUCGUCUCGCCGCAGCGGCAGCACCAGCAGCUUCCUCAUUCGUCAGGGAAGAAUUCAAGAAGUGGCGUUGCUCUCUGCAGCAGGAAGGCUGCGACUGCUUCUCUCCGCAGGACCAGGGGCCUUUCUCGAGGCUAAGGCGAACGAAACGGAGCAGGUGUUGCAGCAAGCAGCGACAGAACGACAGGCAGUGCAAAAAGGCCUUAAGGAUCUUCAAACCCAACUUGAGGCCAUGGACUCCGAUCGAGAGGAGCUGCGGGCAUGUCUGGAUCUCGAGCGGCAAAAGGCCGCAAUUGAAGCUGCUCUUCAUGAGGCUGACUGGAAUGACGCGGCGGAGUCUCUCAGGAAGGCUGAGGAGCAGCAGGCUAGACAUCGCGCCACAGUCCGGAGUCUCGCUGCUGCAGCUGCUGAGGCUGAGGCAGCGAGGGACGAAGCAGCUGCCCAACUCGCCAACUGUAAGCUUCUGCUGGAGACACACACAUACAGACAUACAUACAUACAUACAUGCGAAGAGACGCGCUUUCGUCUGGAAUCAGAAGUUGUUGCAGAACAAGCCGCGGCUCAGGAGGCAAGGGCUGCAAAGACAAGACAUGCUCUGGAGGAGAAGCAGCGCGAAGUGCACCGACUUGAAAAGGAAAUUCAAGAGAAACUGCGCCCUCAGCAUGCCGCAGCCGUUUCCGCUUACCGCAACGCGCAACAAGAACAUAUGCAAUUGCAACAGCAGCUCCACCAGCUGCAGCAACGAGCUGCUCGCUCGGGAGUCUCCGCAGCCGCAAGGAUGUCGGCUAUCAAGCAGCAACUCAGAGAAACAGAGGAGCAGCAACGCGCUGAAGCGGAUGCGUCAAAACAUACUCGAAAGCGGGCAGAGGAGCUGAAACGUGAAAUGUUGGCAUCAGAAGCGGCAGCGGCAGAGGCAGAAGCAGAAGCGAGUGCUGCGAUGGAUCGUGUGAAGGAAGUCUCCAAUGAGCUUGCGAAUCUCCGAGGACCGAUUGAAGAUGUUGUAGAGCAGCUGCGGCAGCAGCAGGCGCAUCUCUCAGGUCUGCUGCGGCAGCGCGUUGCUGCAGCGGCAAAUCUUCAGACUGCAAAAGGUUGGCAGCUAAUGGCAGAGGCAGAGGGUUGGAAUAAGGCGAAUGGCAUUGCGGGGUUGUUUGCCGACUUUAUUUCCGUAGCUCCCGAGUAUCAUCGGGCUGUAGAAUCCAUUGGAGGAUUUGCUCUCUUUUACUUCGUCUUGGAAGAUGCGACACGAGCUUUGGAGGUGGUAACCCGGCUAAAGCGACAUCAACAGCAGCAGAAAAGCGGUUUGCCAACAUGGAAAAGCUGUGUUUCGCUUGUCCCCUUGAAGGAGGUUCACGAGCUGCAGCAAGCCAGGCAGAGAACGGAUUCACGGCUGCAGCGGCUGAAGCAGCAAGCACACAAGCUGCUCGAGGAGGGCGUUGCCAUGCCGCUUACAGAGUGCAUACACGUCCUUCCAGAAGCCGCUGGAAUCCAUGCCGCUGCCUUGGAGGUGUUCAUACAGUCAAUUUUUGGACGGGCGCUUCUUGUGCCCUCCCUAGACACCCCAGAGGUCAAACAGUGGAACGACCAGGGGUUUGAGUGUGUUACGCUGGAUGGAGAUGUUUCGUUUGCUUCUGGAGCUUUGCGUGGCGGCUGUUCAGCGAGGGGCGUAAAACUCGCGGCAUUUCAUAAGUAUGUCUUUGCUGAAUUUCUAGAAGCGCUGAGGGAGUGCGAAGCCGCUGACUACCGACUCGAAGAGGAAAUCCAAGAGCAGCAGCAAGCUCUCAAGAGGCUUCAAGCGGUAUGCCCCUCUGCUCUUAUUGCCUCAUGGACAGCUCUGGCUGCCAUCGACACAGUCGCCGCUGCUGCAGCGCGGCAAAAAUGCCUGCUUGAGGACGAACAACUGCUCGUAGAAGCGAAGCUGGAGGCUCACCUUCGAGCCGAGGCUUCCCUGGCAACGCAGCAAAAGGCGAAAAUGGCACUCCGCGCAGCCGCGUCUCUUUUAUCUGCUCUCAAGGAAGAGGAAGCCGCUGCAGCAUCGCGAACUGCUAUGCGCAAGCAAGUCAUGCAGAGUUUGCGGCAGGAGACUCUGCAAGCGCGCGCAGCCCCUUUGAGCGCCGCAGAGACGCAGCAGCUGCAGCAGCUGCCGACGCUUGUGCAGCAGCAGCAGCAGCUGCUGCUGCAGCUGCUGCAGCGUGUGGAAGAGACUACUGGAGCGUUGAGCAAAGCCGAAGAAGACGUGGAAGUCUCGCUGAUUAGAGCCAUUGAUCGUGUGCGUCCCCCUUGUUGUCAGUUGAAGCAAGAACGGAUGGAGGACUGCGUUACAUGCGGCUCGCAGAUGGAACGAGAAGCGCAAGCAGAGGGCAAAAGCGCGACGUCUGGAGGCUUUGCUGAGCGUGCUGAUGCCGAAGCCAGUGCUGCCGCGAAGAGGAGACAACAAGUAGGGUGUUUUUUUGUGGGGGAGGACGGAGAUGGAGUCGGUGAGGAAACAACAGGAGGCUGCGGAGGCCUCUCUCCAGUCAGCGCUGCAGCAACUGGUCGCUGA